GCGAGAGAAGUCUGCGUGGACGCGGCGGAAUCCGUUGUUCAGCUCCUCCGCAUUUAUCGCGCCAAGUGGGGGAUUGACUACAUGUGCCUUACCACCGUAAGUUGCGUGAGCACGGCGCUUUUCACUUUGCUAAGCGAGCUCGGUGACCCGGGGUGUAAGAGCGCCUUCGCGGAACUCUGCGUACACGCCCGUGCCUGUUCCCGCAGGUGGCCCCUAAUGAAAGGCCUCAUGCGCAUGUUGCAGCUUUCAGCGCGUAAAAACCAUGUGACUCUUCUCCCAGAGACCCACGCGCUGUUUGUUGACUUUGAAGCAACCAUAUGGGAGAGACAUGAUGACGAGCGCUUUAAGAGUAUUUAUCCAAACUUUUGCAUCUAG